AUGCGCAGGUCGCAGCCUCGCUCCUCGUUAGGCCAUUCCCAGUCCCGUGAUCCUGACAUUCGACCUUUCCAGUCCAAAUCACUCGAUCCUACUGCAGCCGGCGGGCCCGCCAUCGAACUCGCGACCUUCGCCGGCGCCGAAUCCUCGAACAGAGGAAGAUACAAGGAUAGAGAGCGGGACGCAAGACAGUCGCAGAGACGGCUCCUCAAACUCGAAGAACUCGCCGAACGAGACGACGAGAUGAAGUUCUCCCACAGCAUUCAGUUCAACGCUGUUCCGGACUGGAGCAGCAACUACAUAUCCUAUAGCAACCUCAAGAAACUCAUCUACACCCUCGAGAAACAGAUCAACCGGCCGGUGGGCGAGACCCAACCCCAAGACGAAGAACACACCUCUCUGCUGGGCGGCUCGCUCGAUCCGGACACUACAUUCAAGCGCAUGCUGGACUCGGAGUUGGACAAGGUCUGCUCCUUUUACAGGUUGAAAGAGCUGGAGAUCUUUGGCGAGCUGGACCAGUUGUUGAAAGAUGUCGAGGCCUACAAGGUCGACACGCGCGAUGUGGACAUGGACGAAGUCGUGGAAGCGGAGAAUCGUCGGAAGACCGUGCGCUCAAACAGCAUAUUCAAUGUCCCUUUCCGUCGACGGAGAAGGGCUUCGACGAUGAGUGUGAGCUUGGAGGAACCCGAGGGCGAGGAUGACAGCGAUAGCGACGCUGAAGACAAUACCGCGAUGAUCAGGAAGCCGACCUCGUCGAACCGUCCAAGGAGUAAAAGCACUUGGAACACUGAUGGAUCGGACCACUCUGCCCUGGCUGAGUCCCGCGAAGACCUACGAGCACCAGACUCGCCCGUGUUUCUUAGGAGGAGACCGAGCUUGGCCAUGGAACUCGAGGCCUCCGACCCCGGCCAUCUAUCGUCGUUGUACGAUUCGGGAAUUAAUCUAAAAAAGCGCAUCAUCAGCACCUACGUGUCGUUAUGUGAGUUGAAGUCCUUCAUCCAACUCAACCACACCGGCUUUAAGAAAGCGGCCAAGAAAUACGACAAGGUGUGCAACCGAGAUAUUCGAAAGGACUACAUGGAGAAGUCGGUCAACCCGUCCUACCCGUUUCAGGAGAAGACCAUGUUUCAUCUGGAUGAGAAUAUCGCGAGGGUGGAAAAGGCAUACGCCGAGGUCGUCACCAAGGGCGACCAGAGCAUGGCCCGGAGAGAGCUUCGACUCCAUCUCCGUGAGCAUGUCGUAUGGGAGCGAAACACGGUCUGGCGAGAGAUGAUUGGUAUCGAGCGGAAAGCUCAAGCGGCCAACUUUGGUAUCAGGCAGACCUUGCUGGGCGGAGUACAGGACCCGUCAAAGGCACGACUGCAGGGUGACCGAGAAGCUAUUGACACAAAGGAAAUCGUUACUCCUGUGGGUCGAUACAGGUGCCCGAAGUGGUUGUUCAGUGGCACCUUGUUCACUCUUCUCGCUAUUCUGGCGGUUUUCCUGGUUCUGCUGUACCUCCCGAUCAUGAAGAGUCCAGAGCAGCAAAAUUGCUUGGCCAUGCUGAUCUUUGUGUCGUUGCUGUGGGCCACUGAGGUGAUUCCCCUCUUUGUCACCUCUCUGCUGAUCCCUUUUCUGGUGGUUGUCCUUCGAAUCAUGCGAUCAGAUGACAAACCUCAUCAUCGACUGAACUCCAAGGAUGCAACAAAGGCCGUCUUCGCGGCCAUGUGGACGCCGGUCAUUAUGUUGCUGCUCGGCGGCUUCACCAUUGCGGCGGCAUUGUCGAAAUACCACAUUGCAAAGAUGAUGGCAACGUUUGUGCUCAGCAAAGCCGGGACGAAGGCCCGCAACGUGCUCAUCACGAACAUGUUUGUCGGUAUGUUCUUGAGCAUGUGGAUCUCCAAUGUCGCUGCGCCUGUGCUGUGCUUCAGCAUCAUUCAACCCAUAUUGCGGAAUCUACCAUCGGAUAGCAAUAUGUCCAAAGCAUUGAUUCUGGGAAUCGCCCUGGCGUCCAACAUCGGCGGCGCUGCUUCGCCCAUUGCCUCACCACAGAACAUUAUCGCGCUGCAGAACAUGAAACCUCCGCCGAGCUGGGGGAUCUGGUUCUUCAUCGCUCUGCCUGUGUGCAUCCUCAGCAUCAUCCUGAUCUGGCUUUUGCUGGUUGUCAGCUUUAAACCUGGCAAAGGGACCACCAUCGUGCCUAUCCGACCGAUGAAGGACAAGCUUAAUGGUGUGCAGUAUUUCAUCAUCCUGGUCACGCUAAUCACCAUUGUCCUGUGGUGUGCUUCUCAUCAACUAGAAAGCGUGUUUGGGGAUAUGGGUGUUAUUGCCAUCAUUCCUCUGGUCUUGUUCUUCGGCACGGGCAUUCUGACCAAAGAAGACUUCAAUAACUUCUUAUGGACGAUCAUUAUCCUCGCCGCGGGAGGUCUUUCUCUGGGCCGCGCAGUCUCCUCAUCGGGGCUGCUCCAUUCAAUUGCCAGGGGUAUCACAGAACGGGUGGACAAUCUGUCCAUUUAUGGAGUCCUCGUGGUCUUUGCGGCACUGGUGCUUGUGGUUGCUACAUUCAUCAGCCAUACUGUGGCGGCACUGAUCAUCCUGCCGCUAGUGGCACAGGUGGGCGAGAGCAUGAAGGAGCCACACCCGAAUUUGUUGGUUAUGGGUGCGGCGUUGAUGUGCUCGGCGGCGAUGGGGUUGCCUACGUCCGGGUUUCCGAAUAUGACUGCAAUCAUGAUGGAAGUGCCUGAAACGGGGGUGCGGUAUCUUCGAGUGCAACAUUUCUUGACCCGCGGCGUCCCAGCAUCUGUGAUUACGUUCGCCAUUGUGAUUACUGUCGGUUAUGGUUUGAUGAUGGCCGCCGGCCUUUGA